CUACGCAGACUUCUCACACCAAAAUCUCAUCUCCUUGCUUUUCCACUGCUGUACUAAAACGCAGCACGAGCGUCGCGCACUUUGCUCUAAACGACUCAAGGAAAUGGUAGUAGCUCUGAGGCUACCCUCUCUUACUUCACUCUUCUCAUCUCCCUCCGUCUCUCGCCAGUCUCCUGCGAUUCUGCGCCGUCGCCACCACAUCCUGCCGCCUUUGCGUGCCGCUGGAUUCUCUGCUCAGAGCGCUGCCUCGAGUCCGCCGGAGACCGAGGGCCGAGUAGAUAAGCAGAAGAACAAAGUGAGUCAAGAGCGAGUUAACCAGGACCGUGUCAUCACGCCUAGGUCACAGGACUUCAAUGCAUGGUACCUCGAUGUUAUUGCCAACGCUGAGCUUGCUGACUACGGUCCGGUUCGUGGAACCAUGGUUAUUAGACCUUACGGUUAUGCUAUUUGGGAGGCAAUUCAGGAAUAUUUGAAUGUCAAGUUCAAGGAGACUGGGCAUAGUAACAUGUAUUUUCCACAGUUUAUACCAUACUCUUUCAUAGAGAAAGAAGCAAGCCAUGUAGAAGGAUUCAGUCCAGAAUUGGCGCUUGUGACCAUUGGAGGGGGGAAGGAACUAGAAGAAAAACUUGUGGUUCGACCGACUAGUGAAACCAUUGUGAAUCAUAUGUUUACUCAGUGGAUUCAUAGUUACCGUGAUCUUCCUCUGAUGAUUAAUCAGUGGGCAAAUGUCACACGCUGGGAGAUGCGUACUAAACCAUUUGUGAGGACCCUUGAAUUUCUAUGGCAGGAGGGUCACACUGCUCAUGCCACUCCAGAAGAGGCAGAAAAAGAGGCCAUGCAGAUGAUUGACAUCUACACAAAGUUUGCUUAUGAGCAAGCUGCAAUACCUGUCAUUCCUGGUCGAAAAUCAAAAGUGGAAACUUUUGCUGGUGCUUCGAAGACCUACACAAUAGAGGCUAUGAUGGGGGAUAGGAAGGCAUUGCAGGCUGGAACUAGCCACAACCUUGGGCAAAAUUUCUCUCGUGCUUUUGGAACACAGUUCACUGAUGAAAAUGGACAAAGGCAACAUGUGUGGCAGACAUCAUGGGCUAUCAGUACCCGCUUUGUCGGUGGUAUCAUCAUGACCCAUGGAGAUGAUUCUGGGCUAAUGCUUCCCCCAAAGGUUGCACCUAUACAGUUGGUAAUCAUACCAAUUUGGAAGAAGGCUGAAGAGAAAACAGGAGUUAUCAGUGCGGCAUUGUCGGUAAAAGAAGUUUUGCAGAAGUCAGGGAUUAAAGUUAAACUUGAUGACUUAGAACAACGAACCCCUGGUUGGAAGUUUAACUUCUGGGAAAUGAAGGGAGUUCCCUUGAGGAUUGAAAUUGGUCCACGCGAUGUUUCCAGUGGUAGUGUGGUCAUAUCAAGAAGAGAUGUUCCAGGAAAGCAAGGGAAAGUUUUUGGAAUAUCUAUGGAACCUUCAACUUUAGAAGCUUAUGUGAAAGACAAGUUGGAUGAGAUCCAGUCAGCCCUUUUGGGGAAGGCAAUAUCAUUUCGAGAUAGUAAUAUUGUGGAUGUGAGCUCAUAUGAUGAACUUAAAGAAGCAAUAAACUUGGGCAAAUGGGCAAGGGGUCCUUGGUCAGCUAGUGAUGCGGAUGAAUUAAGAGUGAAAGAAGAAACAGGGGCAACCAUUAGGUGUUUCCCUUUUGACCAGCCCCAGGGGAUUAAGACAUGCUUGAUGACUGGCAAUCCAGCUGAGGAAGUUGCCAUUUUUGCAAAAUCUUAUUGAGUAAAUCACCGAAUGAUAGCUUUUGAUGCAGCGGUUACAUGCAGUAAAAUUUGUUAAGGUCUCUUCUUCUUCUCUUUUUAGUAUAUAAUCUUGAUUCCAUUAAGUGAAACUUUGUAUUUUUUAACUGUUCAUUGUGGAUGGCUGAAGCUUGGUGAUGUUAUCGUGAUUUUUUAUUCCCAUGACAUCUUUAGAGGAUGGAUGGAUUUAUACGUCUUAGGAGGAGGUGUUAUUACAGGCGGACACAGUGAGACAUUUGAAGUAAUUAGACUUAUAAAAUAUGUCAAUUUCUUUUUGGUUGCUGUUCCUUGACUGGGGACUGAUUUCAGCUGCUAUUUGGAUCACUAGAACGAAGAACCUUCGAUCCGAUUUAAAAUUUUGGUUAACUCGUAUAAAUUUCGAGUAAUUAUAAAUCUCAAAUAUUAUAAUCAUUCUUAAA